AUGGUUGGCACCCCAAAAAGCACAGGAUGCGGAACGUGUCGGAAGCGAAAAGUUAGAUGCGGAAAAGAAUGGCCAGAUUGUCGAAAUUGCACGUCUGCUGGAUGGGUCUGUGAUGGAUACUUGAAGAGAUGGAAGUUUGUCGAAGAAGGAUCGCGGUUGGCAGCACAUUAUAAGGGGAACAAAAGAUAUCUCCUGGAAGAAGCUGCUUGGGAUACGACUCCUAGGAUCAAGAAUAGCGAAUCGAGCCAGAAUUCUGGAGUGAAAGAGGAGUAUUCGGUAGGAGACCAAUUGUUCCAAGUCUCCAUAUCUCGUCUGCCAGCCUCACAGGCAGAAAACCAGUGUAACCUCCUGCUACACAUACUCACAGACCCUGAAAGUCGAAGAGAGUUUCCCCUUCGAUCGCACGGCGAGUUCUACCAAUUCAUCCCAAACAGACUCGGAAUAAACCCGGCUCUUGAUGACGCCGUCUCCUGCUUGUGUGCAAUCUAUGGAGACACGCGCCGGCAAUUGCUCGCAAGCUCGUCUAGUACUGUCAGGCUCUACAGUAGGAGUCUAAAUUCGCUUCGGAAAUGCGUGCAAGCGGCAGAAACGCGCUUGGAGCCUGAAACAAUCUGCUCUUCACUCAUUCUUCAACUAUGUGAGCUCCUGACUAGCUCGGAUAACGGACGUUGGAACAACUUGUCAAGCGGCUCGAGACUGUUGAUCCAGGAACUUGGCCCUAAAAACUUCGGUCAGCCUUUUGAGCGAGCUAUGCUAGAGUCUCAGCGAGCAUUUUUCCUAGCUCAGGACAUGGACCGCCGCCAAAGAUCCUUCCUAUCAAAUCCACAAUGGCGGAAGCUACCCAAGCAAUCUGGUGAAGGCCUUCCAGACCAUAAGCUAGCAAGCCAUCGCUGGAGAUCCGAGCUUUGCGAAAUUCUAUUAGAUAUGCCGCAAGUUUUCUGCGAGUGCAUGUUACUCCUCAACGUUUGUCAAGCAGCUAAUGCGCCACAUCUCAUCGAUCUACCUAGAUGUCAAUGUCUCUUCGACCGAGUAGUCGAAGUUUACAACUCAUUAGAGGAAUGGUAUGAAAGGGAGGUCACCCCAGCACUUCCAUUGGUACACCCGGGUGGCUAUAGAGAGUAUUCUGAAGUCCUUUCGGCCAUUAUCGAUUGCGUUUCGACAUCCGUUCUCGUUCAACUACAGAGGUUUGGCUUUGAACUUUUUUCAUUGUUCGACAUAACAGCGCCGGCAGAUGGACUUUCAUUUUCUAGUGAAAAUUUUAUGGAGAGACGUGCAAUUUCGCUUAAUGCAUUUGAAUUUGCUAAAAAAUUCCCAAUGGCUGCAAAGCCACUUCAAUUUGGGCUCCAGCAUAUUUUGACCGAGCAGCCAGUCCAUCCAUCCUUUUCAAAAUAUCCCAUGAGUUAG